AUGGAUCGGCGAUCCCGCGAUCCGCGAUCCAAGAAAAGUAGAGUAGUAGAAAAUGCGUUUGGAGUACUAAACUCAGUUUGCAGAGUUUUACAUAAACCAAUCCUGUUGGAGCCAGAAAAAGCAACUAAAGUCAUGCUAGUGACAGUUUACUUAUAUAACUAUUUACGAAGUAAUCCUAAUUUAAGAUCAUCGGUAUCUUUUUAUACAAUACAGGGGAAUGGAGAAAUAGUUCCUGGAAGCUGGCGAUCGGAACAGGCACCAACAUCGCUACUACCGAUAGAUGCCAUACCACGAAGAGCAUCACAAAAUGCCAAAGAUAUUCGGUCCCACUUAGCAAGACACUUUAUAACAAACGGUGCCAUUGUUUGA